CCCGGCGGGAAGCAGCUGGGCAGGGCUUGUGCUCAUCUUUCUUGCUCUUGGCUGUGACUUUUCUGCAGGUCUUCGUCCAGUGGGCGUUGCUGCUGCUCUUCGGAAUAAUCCAGACUGGAGAAGAUGGGCCCUCACCAUCUAACGACCUGUCCCCAGGGCUUGGUGACCUUCCCUGAUGUGGCUGUGACCUUCUCCCCGGAGGAGUGGCCAUGCCUGGACAUUUCUCAGAGGAAGCUCUACAGAGAUGUGAUGCUGGAGACCUACGAGCACUUGCAGACAGUAGCAGGAUAUUUUGAGGUAAAGCCUGCACUAAUCUCCUGGCUAGAAGGAGGAGCCCUGGGGAGGCUGCCACGAAGUCUGUUUGCCGAACUCAAGUCAGAAAUCCAUCCUUGUCCCUUCUGCUCUCUCACCUUCUCCAGUCUGAACUUCCUCAGUCGUCACAUGAAACGAAGUCAUCCCUCUUGGAGCCUCCUGGAAACAUCAGCAAAAAAGCACUUUCAAUCAGAGAAUUCCUAUCCACAUAAGCAGAACGAAUGGUGGCAACAUUCUGAUCCAUAUAAUGACAAACCAAAGAAUGACAUACUUGAAAGUCAAAAGCACAAAGAAAGCUCCAUACAUUUGGCUAAUAGGAUGAGGCAUAGAAGAAUUUCAACAGUGUUUUCUAGACAAUUUAGCAGUCAAAUAGAUAGUGUUAGUAAACAGAUGACUAUGGAGGAAGAUAUUAACACAGGCCUGAAAGAAAAUCCAAAGGACACAGGUGGAGUAGACUUGCCAAUAAUUUUAAGAGACAAGUAUGUAAGGCCUGGGCAAGGCUUCAGUGAUGGAACAAAUCUCAUCACACAUCAAAUGACUCACACAGGGGAAAAACCCCAUGUUUGCAGGGAUUGUGGGCAAGGCUUUACUCUGAGAUCAAGUCUCCUCAUACACCAGAGGAUACACACAGGGGAGAAGCCUCAUGUUUGCAGGCAGUGUGGACGAAACUUUGGUCGGAGGUCAAGUCUCAUCACACACCAGAGGACACACACAGGGGAGAAGCCCUAUGCUUGCCAAGAAUGUGGGCGAGGCUUCAGUGAGAGGUCAAGUCUCAUCACACACCAGAGGACACACACAGGGGAGAAACUCCAUGCUUGCAGAGAGUGUGGUCGAGGCUUUGGUCGGAGGUCUCGUCUUAUCGCACACCAGAGGACACACACACGUGAGAAGCCUUAUGUUUGUGGAGAAUGUGGUCGAAGCUUUAGUCUGAGUGAAGGUCUCAUCAGACACCAUAGAAUACACACAGGGGAGAAGCCCUAUGUUUGCAGACAAUGUGGGCAAGGCUUCAGUGUGAAAUCAAAUCUCCUCAUACACCAGAGGACACAUACUGGUGAGAAGCCCUAUGUUUGUAGCCAGUGUGGGCGAGGCUUCAGUCUGAGGUCACAUCUCAUCACACACCAGAGAACACACACAGGGGAGAAGCCCCAUGUUUGCAUGGAGUGUGGGCGUGGUUUCACUCAGAGUUCAAAUCUCAUCACACACCAGAGGACACACACAGGGGAGAAGCCCUAUGUUUGUAAAGAGUGUGGACAAGGCUUUGGUCGGAGGUCAAAUCUCAUCACACACCAGAGGACACACACAGGGGAGAAACCAUAUGUUUGCAGAGAGUGUGGACAAAGCUUUGGUCAGAGGUCACAUCUUAUCACACACCAGAGAACACACACAGGGGAGAAGCCCCAUGUUUGCAUGGAGUGUGGGCGUGGCUUCACUCAGAGAUCAAGUCUCAUCACACACCAGAGGACACACACAGGGGAGAAGCCCCAUGUUUGCAUGGAAUGUGGGCGUGGCUUCAUUCAGAGGUCAAGUCUCAUCACACACCAGAGGACACACACAGGGAAGCCCUAUGUUUGCAGGUUUUGUAGUCAGGGCUUCAGUGAUUAGUAGUUUCAUGAUCCACCAGAUGGCAUACAGACAAGCCCCAUAUUUGGAUAGAG